AUGGUGGACGCAACGGGGGCUCCGUUCAAGGGAAGUCGCGCGACAUCACUGGAGGAGGAUCCCCAGGAUGCCGAAGGCCUCCUACAGGCUGUGUACAAGAAGUUCAAACCCACUCUUCCCACAGAUGUCGCUGAGUGCACACUCCGCGUCUUCGAGAACCAAGUCAAGUUUAAGUCCAAAGCUGACCUGCAGCCUUGGGACCCCCUUCAAAACCUUGGAUCAAGCCCAACAGCCCCAUUGCUGGUUCGUGUGCCGAAGAGAUACGUCUGGUACCAGUUGCUGGAUCUGACUGGGGCUCCGUUCAAGGGAAGUCGCACGACAUCACUGGAGGAGGACGUCCAGAAUGCAGAAGGUAUCCUACAGGCUGUGUACAAGAAGCACAACCACACUCUUCUCGUAGACGUCGAUGGGUGUACACUCUGUGUCUUUGAGAGCCAGGAGAAGUUCAAUUCCAAGCAUGAUCUGAAACUUGGAGACUCCAUUCAGGAGCUUGGCUUGGGCUUGGAGACGCCAUUGCUGGUUCUUGUGCCGAAGAGAUACGUCUGGCACCAGUUGGUGAUCGACGGAAGCCCCUUCCAGAGUGAGAGAGUUGAAUCGGCGAACGAAGUCGAGGACUUCUUGAAUGCGGUUUACGCCAAGAACAAGAUGUGUUUUCCAGACUGCGCAGUGGGCAACCUGGUGGCGUACGAGAACAACGAGGCGUUCAGCAGUUUUCCAAAGGGAGACCCAUUGAAGAAAGGUGCAACGAUUGAGGCGCUCGGUCUGUCGGAAGACAACCCCAUUGUUGUGGAAUUGCAGCAGGAAACUGACGAACCAGUGGAGGAAGAAAUGGAUGUCGACCCGGUAUAUGGACGUUAA